AUGUACUUUGUUUCAGUUCACCACACUUCAAGUCUUCACUCUUCAACGGCUCUUCCGGUCUUUCCCUCUUCGAGUCUUCGCCUCUUCUCCUCUGUACGCCAUCGUCAACAGCUCUUCUCCUCUGCCUCUCGCCGGAGCUUAUCGGUGGUUCGUCGGACCUCUCCCUCUUCGAGUCUUCACUCUGAUUCGCGCCUCUAUCUCUCUGCCUCCGUUCCUCGACCUCCCAUUCUUGCCGCCGGAGUAUCUCUUCUUCAAUUGAGUUUCAGGAAAGAUAAAAAGGUUCAGAUUUUAAAAUCUCUCGGUGUUGAGCUCUUCAUUUCAAUGGACCCUGCUGUGUUUUGCUACCAAGUCACCAGACACUAACCUUUGCAUCAUGAAGAAAGAUCUCCGGACUUUGAAUCUCACUUUCAUUUCCCUUGAUUGGAUCUGCUCUUAGCCACAGCCUCAGCCUCAGCUUGCCCAUAGAUCUGUUUAUCAAAAGCAUCUAAUGGUAAAGACAUCCAAGAGUUUUGUUGAAGCACUGCAACACAUUCUCUCUUGUUGGAAAACGUGCAAACAUUGUGAAGCUUGCUUCCCUGUCUGGUAUUGUGAAG